UUCGCUUCUCAACUUGCCGGGUAUCUGCCGGUUAUGUCUAAUGAUAUCCCUUUUCUUAGCGCAAUUUAUAAUGCUUACAAUUGCCUAUGUAACUAAACCAGAAAUCGUUUGCACUUUAACGGCAGCCAUUAUGCAUUUCUUCUGGCUGUCUAUGUUUUUGUGGACCAAUGUUCUUGCGUUUGAUCUGGCACGAGUAUUUGGAACCCAGUCCCCUCGGUCUAGUACAUUUAAUAAAAGACUUUUGCUUGGUUUAUAUAUGCUUUAUGGCUGGGGCCUUCCUGCAGUUGUCGUAGCAUUGUGCCUUACUCUGCAUUUCAGCGGUAAAUCUGAUUUCCGGUAUGGAAGAGAAACGUUUUGCUGGUUCUCAAACCAUCGGUCCCUACUUUAUGCCUUUGCCAUUCCUGUAGCGAUUUGCAUUGUUUUCAAUUUUAUCUUGUACAUUAUAACUGUGUUCGGAAUUUGGAAAGUCCGUCGGGCUAGUGAGUUUGCUGUCAACGAAAAUGAAAGAGGAAAGAAAAGAAAGGACGAACUGAAACUUUAUAUCAAGUUGUCAAUUUUAAUGGGUCUGACGUGGAGUUUAGUGUUCAUUACAGUUUACAGGAGCGAAAUCAUUAUUUGGUACAUCUUUAUCAUCCUCAACGGACUGCAGGGGUUCUUCAUUUUUAUUGCGUUUACGUGCAAUCGUCAGACGUUGGCAAAGUGGAAGGGAGCGUAUGCGACUCGUUUUGAAGCGCAUUCAAGUUCACGACUCUUGACUAAAACAACUUCAGCAUAAUGUAUUAUCAUUUCUUAUCACGAUAGCAUCAGUGAUAAAUUUCGAGUUAGAUUAUUAGAAGUUGACAUGCACCUUCAUUUCCACUGAUACAUAGAAUGGAACAUUGGCAUCGACACUAGCUAAAAAUGGCAUUGGUAGAUUUGAAACGAUCGGUUAAAGGCGGCAUGUACCAUGUCAUGCCUACAAAGAAUGAAACAGAAAACGGGCAGGGUCAGAUCUAGAAAUUCAAAAUAGAGACUUUUAUAUGGGAAAGAUGAUGAUACCACCUCAUCCUCACUAUGAAUUGUGCUUUUAGGAAUGGAUUCAUUUAUUUAAUAUAAACGGUGUAUGCUUCUCGGUCAAUUGUAUGCAUAAUACUAGAAUUCAGCAGAGACUGUAUAUAGGCCUAGACAUCAAUCAAAUGUA